GAUUUUGGCAUCAUGAUAACUGAAUUGUCUGAGAUUGAAAUAGUUAAUGCCUCUGUCAUUUAGGUUAUUUGUACACCAUUGUUUUCUCAGCUUCGGGUAAAAACUACUAUGUACAGAAUCCCUGGCCUAGUUUCCGAGGCAGCGGCGGCACGAAGAGCUGAACCCACAAAGCGCCGGCUGGCUCGGCCUGCAGCUCCACUGCACCUUUCUUCUGAGAAGUCUUCCGCCUUCUACAGGUUUUGCAUCCUUGCGCUUUUGUUUUCGAUGAAGUGAAGCAGAGAGAGGAUGAGGAAAGAUUUUGGCUUUCAGUAACUGCUUCAAAAUUAAGAAACGAGGGUCGGAGCCAAGAUUAAAUGUGGAGAAGAAAAAUGCGCAAAAGCCUCAAAUCUAUUAAGGUCGAUCCAAUUUUAAGAUCCAACUUUUAAAAUGAAGACAAUCGUGUGGUUUGUGCUUGCUGCACUUCCUGCUGCAGCCAAAGUGAUCCUCACUCAUCCAGGGCACAGGGCCACCUUGGAGUGUGGGGUUAGCUCCUUCACUGACAUCCUGGAGUGGCAACAUGGAGCAGACCUGCUGCGUAGUAUUUCUGGGAAGUCCGGCAUCUCUCGCAAAGGUACAGGUGAUGUUGCCUUAAGGUCAAAGGUGAGAUCGCAAACAAAGCUAGAGAUCUCUCCAGUGAAGGAAGGAGAUGCCGGAAAGUUUGUUUGUAAUGCAGAUGGGAGUCGUCAAGAACACACACUCCUUGUGGUCUCAGUCUGGGCCAGCCCCUCCGCUGACCUCCAGCUGGGGAGUGAGGUCACGCUCCACUGUCAGGUGAAAGGUCUGGACCGAGACUCUACAGUGAGGUGGACGAGACCAGAUGGAAGUCCACACUCGGGGUCGCUCGAGUCUGUAACCCUCUCUGAUGCGGGGACCUGGCAGUGUACGUUCUCCCAAGAAGGGGGGAUGUACAAUCAGAACCUAGCCAUCAGGGUUCAAGGACCUGCUCCUGAAACGGCACCAUCCCCUUCUCCAAGCCCAAAAGACGUCUCCGUGCCAACCUGCCUCGACUGCGUCACUCACCCUCCUCCAUCUGCUGGUCUGCUGCUGGGGCUCAGCUGGUGGGUGUGGGUCGCAGUUGGAGGCGGCUGCCUGACUGUGGUUCUCCUAAUGGUCUUUGUCAUUGUCCUGAGCAAGAGGAUUAAAAGAAAGAAGAGAAAUUGUGAAGUGAUGAAGAAUGGCAGACAGCCACUGAAGCCAAAGAGCUACUGCCAGUGUGACUGCCCAGCAGCUGCAGCAAAAUCGCGGCAAGGACGCCGGAGAGAGAAGCCAUCAGCUCCCCCUCUGCCACCCCUGCUAAUGCUGUGACAUGAAAGACAGAUCGAAGAAAGGAAAGACGGACUGGAAGGAGAGAGAGAGAGAGAGAGAGAGAGAGAGAGAGAUUGAGAGGAAGGGAAAGUGAGGAAUAGAUAAAGAUAAAGAGAGAGCGAAUGAAAAGAGAACCCCAGAAUGCAUCGUGAAUGUAAAUUGGCUUUUGAAUGCUCGAGAUGGAAAUAAAAAUCAAGUGUAAUGAUGUGGGCACUUUGAGCUUUUUCACCAAAUAUAACCAGUGAACUGAAUGCAAAUAGGCUUCUCCACUGCAAGGGAGCGCAGCAACAGUCUGUGCUUGUUUCUGUGAUUUAUGCCUCAUGUUAACACGUGAAGAAUAUCUUUGAAUACAGAAUUGUUAACUUCCGAUGUGCUUUCCGUUGAAAAAUAAAUGUAACUGAUUUCGAUA